GUGUUCGAAACCGUCGCCGCGCCAAGAUGGCGGCGCCCAUGAGGUGCAACGCUUGAGGGGAGAGAGAGAGAGGCCUAGCUUGUGUACACCGGCAGAGGCCAUGAAGCGGGCGGCCCCAAAUGGCCAGGCGCGCAGCAAGAGGCGAGGGCGGCAGAAGCAGAAGGCCGGGAAUCUGCAGAAACUGGGGCUGGCGGUGCGGGAGUUCGUGGCGGCUGCCGGGGGACCCGAGGGCGGCCUCGGCCUCCCCUCGCCUCCUCUGCAGGAGCCACCGGCGUCGAGCAGCCGCAAGAACCGCCGGGAGCUGCGUCGAGAGAAGCGCAGGUUGAAACGGAGCCGGCGGCGGCGUCUCCUGAACGGCGGUGAGGCGGUGAAAAAUCCCCGGCCUCCUCCUUCGGCAGCGCCAGCUGGGAAGAAAGAGGAGAAGGAGAAGAAGCAGGUUUCCUUGCCGGCCCCGGAGCCAGAGAAGCGCCUUCUCCCCGCCGCCGCCGCCGAGGCCCCUCGAAAGAAACCCGGGAAGGCCUCUCCUUCGGCCUCGGCCCUGGCGCGCAAGCGAGCCCUGCUGGCGGCCAACGAGGAGGAGGAGCGGGAGAUCCGGCGGCUGGAGAGGCAGCUGGGGCUCGGCAAGCGUCGGAAGAAGAAGCAGCAGCAGCAGCCGCUGGAAGGGCUGGCGGAGGAGGCGGCGGCCCUGCCUCCCAGCUUCGCCAGGGACGGGCUGGGUUACGUGCUGGGAGCCCUGGAGACAGGGACCCCCUUCUCCGGCCUGUACGAGAGCAGCGAGGGGGAAGGAGAGGAAGAAGGAAAGGGGCCGGAGGAAGAGGGGUCUGAGGAAGAGGGGCUGAGGGGAGAUGAGGAGGUGGGCCUGGAAGAAGAGGCCGAGGAAGAUUUCGCUCUGGAAGAAGACCCAAGAAGCUCAGGAGAAUCCAGUGGUGAAGGAGAAAGCGAGAAUGAAGAGGAAGAAAGCAGAUCCCCUGGCCUAAGGAGCCCAGAGUCUGGAGCCAAGGAACCCACCUCUCCUGAAGAACAGGAUGAGGUCCGUUUAAAAAAAAAAAUUGGAGGAUGUUUAGGGGGUCUGUGAGAUAGACUUAGUGUGUGAGAUACUUAGUGAGAUAGACAUGGGUCAUAGCUCAGUAGUAGUACAUCUGCUUUACAAUUAGAAGGUACUUGGUUAACUUCCGCACAUCCCCAGAUCAGGCUGAAAGAAACUCCUGGAGGCCUGCUGCAAGUCAGCAUGAGCUAUAUGGACCAACGUUCAGACUUGGUACCAGGCAGCUCUGUGUGUUUCCUAAGACAUACCUUUGACAAGUGCACAGCAACAAACUUUCUCCUUGGAGAGCAGCAGCUAAUCUGAGCUUCCCAAUGAGCAUACCUUUCAAACGUCUAUAAGUUAGCAAACCUACAUUUGUCACAGUCACCAUUUACAUUUUUAGGUACAGAUGCCAAUGUUAAAAUGUGAAUAUUUUUACCAUGUUGGCUAUCGCAUUGUCACAGAGCAUUUGUUUCCCGCCUUUCGCAAUAUCAGUGUGCCAAACGUUCGCAUAGGUGGCUUACAUUAUAGUAAAAUAUACAGAACAGGUUCCUUUUCAUUCAUAAAUCACAUGAGAUCUCAAUUUUCAACCAUUUUCUCAAAAAUUAAAUUAUUUAAUUAAUACAUUGUCUUUUUUUUUUCCUUUUCCUUCUUAAAGAAUCCUUGCCAAUAUGCUACAAAGUAUAUUCCCCCACAUAUGCGAAGGUCUGAAGAGACAAUAGAUGCCCCAAAAAGGGAAGAAUUGGAAAGGCUGAGGAAAACACUGAAGGGCCUAAUUAACAGGUAGUAUUUUAAUUUUUUUAUUUUAUUAAAUGUCUCUAGCACCCUUCAUCCGAGGAUCACAAGGCGGUUUACAAUGUAAAAAUGCAGAAAUAUAUAACAUAGUAACAAACAAAAACAAUACCCCCAAAAUACAGUUUAAAAGGCCAGAGAUUGUUUUAUUAGCCAAAGACCAGUGAGAAAAGGAAUGUUUUUGCUUGGUGCCUAAAGGUAUGUAAUGAAGGCAAGCCUUCUUGGGGAGAGUAUUCCACAAAUGGAGAGCCACCUCAGAAAAGGCCUGUUGCCACCCUCUGGACCUCAAGACAGGAAGAAGUAUCUCAGAUGAUGAUUUACAGGACAGUUUGUAUAGGGAGUAUUGAAAUUUUCCUUACAGCCAAGACAGCACAUUUAAGGACUUCUAACUUGCCCUACUCAUGAGUCUGACCAAACUACGGGAGGCAGUGGAAGACAGGAGUGCCUGGCGUCCUCUGGUCCAUGGGGUCACGAAGAGUCGGACACGACUAAACAACAACAAACUUGCCCUACUGCAAUUUUUAUUUGUUGCUCCAAGUAUUAUUGGCAUCACUUUGUGUUCAGUUAGGGGAAGAAAGGCAGGAAAUAAAGCAAACAAAUUGAGCUGAAUGGCCUAUCAGUUUUUCUCAAAUGGACAAAAGUGUUUAUAUAAAUAUAUACUUUAAACACCCAUGAACACACAUUUUGAAAUACAUUUCAUGUGACUGGACGUUAAAAUGAAACAGAACAUUAAAGCUAACGUUAACUUUAUUUCCAUAUGAUUUAUUUUCCGCUAGGUUGAGUGAACCAAAUUUAGCCUCUAUAAGUGGACAGUUGGAGGAGCUCUACAUGGUGAACAGUAGAAAAGAUAUGAAUGAAACGUUGACAGAUAUCCUUCUCAGUGCUUGCGUUACAGAAUCAGCAAUGCCUUCCAGGCUGGUGAUGGAACAUGUGCUUUUAGUUAGCAUCCUUCAUCGGACAGUGGGAAUUGAGGUAAUUUUUCUGAAUCUUCCCCAUUGUUGAGUAGCACAGUAAUAAAGGAACUUUCCUACUACGCCUUUCCUUUUGGUUCUACUAAUAAUUUCAUGACACUUUGGUCAUUUAGAUUUUAUGAUACUUGGUUUUUUAAAAAAACAAUGUCAUACCAGGUGCUGUUAAGCAGAAUGGUAGAAUAUAAAUAUAGUCGUUAUUUCAGAAAAUAUUCAUUAAGUAGUACUUCACACCUUUGUGAUGAAAAAGCCAAGGAUCUUUGCAUGUUGACCACAGAGAAAAGCAACUUCUGCAAAUUUCACUCUGUGUAUUCUGUAGUAAUGAUUUGUUUGCCAUAGUUCUAUUAAAACUAAUAGGAGGUUUGACACUGGUUUCUAGGAGCCUGGAGUGCAUGUUCUGAUUUCCAGCCAUUUCUGAAAAAGGGCAUUUGUUAUGAAGGACCACAGUUAAUCACAUACUUGUACUUCUCUCUCUGGCCUUACUUUUUACAAUUCUGCCCACCUCCCCACAAAAAACUCACACAUGUACACACACACCUGCAACUUCAGGAUUAUGCUUCAUGCAUCUGAUGGACUAAAGUCAAGGAAAGCUUAUGUCAAGGAAACAAAUUUGUUGGUCUUUAAGGUGCCCCAAGGCUCUUUGUUGUUUUUGCUGCACAAUAGUAGUAUAGCUACUUACUGAAAAGGGGGCAUUUGUUUAAACAAAGGAGCACUUCAGUUUUUCUGUAAUCAACCAAUACCCAUAAUUAAUUGAAUAAAAUUUGUAGAAAGAGGGGCUCAUUAGUAUUUGAGUUUCACAUCUUUUCCCUCAAGAAGGCAAACUUGAAAUGACCUCAAGGUCACUUACCAUAAUAAAACAAUAAGGUGGCGUUGGCAGUCUGAAAGUCAGCACAGUGGCGUGGCUAAAAUGUUGGACUAGGGAUGGUGAGACCUGACAGGGCAUAGGGGUGUGUGACUUGCUCCUUUACAUUAAAGGUAAAGGACCCCUGACAGUUAAGUCCAGUCGCGAACGACUCUAGGGUUGUGGCACUCAUCUCGCUUUACUGGCCAAGGGAGCCGACGUUUGUCCACAGACAGUUUUUUCCAGGUCAUGUGGCCAGCAUGACUAAGCUGCUUCUGUUGAAACCAGAGCAGCGCACAGAAAUGCCAUUUACCUUCCUGCCGGGACAGUACCUCUUUAUCUACUUGCACUUUGACGUGCUUUCGAACUGCUAGGUUGGCAGGAGCUGGGACCAAACAACAGGAGCUCACCCCAUCGUGGGGAUUCGAACCGCCGACCUUCCGAUAGGCAAGCCCAAGGCUCAGUGGUUUACACCACAUUAUCAGUGUGUGAAUUUUCUGCAGUCACAAGUUCAUUUUAAUAACUGACUUGCCUUGUAUACAGGAGCAUCACCAUCCACUGCAAUCUAAGGCUGUUUUCAAAAGUGGUGCUUAAGUGGACUUCUGUGCUUCUCUAUGAAUGACAUUGAACAUCUACACUUGUUCUUUCUUAAUCACCUUGAUACAGCUCAUUAGCAUUUGCAAGGGUGUCCUGCCAAACUAAAAUUCAUUCAGAUAUCACUUGUGAAAUAAUCUUGAGUGAAAGGACUUGUCUGUGUAAUGCAGCCUAAUGCAGUGAUUAGUAAUCUUAUGCUAGCACAGCAGCUAAUAUUAUAUAUUAUUAUAUAUGACUUUUAAAUUGCUGGUCAGCAAAUUUUAGGACCACAACAUUAGUUAUACAUUGUUGGCUUUCUGUUUUAAAGUGUUUAAAUGGUCAGCAGCUCAUGGAUCAUGUUUGUGUGUUAAAUGUUCCAGGUUGGUGCUCACUUUUUGGAAACUGUGGUGCGGCAAUUUGAUGAAGUCUACAAAAGUGAAGCUGAAGGGAAAGAAUGCGAGAACCUCCUUAUCUUAAUUGCUCAUUUGUAUAACUUUUAUGUAGUGCAUUCACUGCUGAUCUUCGACAUCUUAAAGAAGCUAGGUAGCACUUUUUCUGAAAAGGAUAUUGAACUAAUUCUGCUGCUGCUGAAAAAUGUAGGCUUUUCCUUGAGGAAAGAUGAUGCUUUGGCCCUAAAAGAACUUAUCACGGAGGCCCAGAAAAAAGCAAACGCAGUAGGAAAGCAAUUCCAGGACCAGUCAAGGGUAUGAAUGCCUUUUUAAAGUACCUUUUUGGGGUAACUUUUUCAUCAAAAUGUGGUAUCCCAUGCUUUCUGGGAUGGAAAGAAUCUGUCAGCGGAACAAGGGGCGAGGCAUUUUUUGACAAUUUUUUCUUCAUCCUCUAGAGUAGAUUUGGGGGACACUGUGGGGGAAGGAAUCCCUAAAAAUCCUCUUCAACCAGGCCUUUGGCUGAUUAACAUGUGAUACUCUUUUAAAUGUGUUGUAGGAUGGGGGGUUGUUGAUUUGGUUUUUGUUCUUACAUUUGUUAUGUAUUUUGUGUUUUUUUAUGUUGUGAACUGCGCCGAGAUCUGCAGAUGAAGGGCAGUAUACAAAUUUAAUAAAUAAUAGAAAUAAUCACCUCCCUCUCCCUGUUCCAUCAGCAGACAGAAAGCACUGAAUACCAUCCUAAAACAGUUUGGUAGGAACUUUAGUAUCCCUAUAUUUUCCCAACACCACUUGCACUAUGCUAUGAUGUGUUGGGCAUUCCCUGGAAAACUUACAAACAUUUGAUUUUGUUUGACGCAUUUAAAAAUUGGUCUUAGGGGUGGGUAUAAAACUUCAGUUCUAGUCCAUUUUUUUAUGCUACAGUUCUUUGCCGUUUUAGGUACUGGAACAAUAAUGCAGACUUACUGUCUUUCUCUAAAGGUUUGUUUCAUGUUGGAGACCAUGCUGGCACUAAAAAACAAUGACAUGAGAAAAAUCCCUGGGUAUGAUCCAGAGCCGGUUGAGAAACUAAGAAAGCUGCAGAGGACACUGGUAAACUCCAUGAAAAACCAUAUUGCUAUGUUUCUUUCAUACACUGUGAACAGACUUGAGUAUUAGCAAAAGCUGCUACUAACAUCCUGGGCCUUAGGAGCUCCUUAUAUAGAAGAGUUGACUGCAACAAGGUUUGGUUUUCAGUAUGAGCAUUGGCUGCUGAGUUUACCAGUGGUUCAAAAAGAGGAACACUUUCAGUUCAAGUAAACCACAGCCUGGGUUUCCAUCAUAUCUGCUACCAGAUGUAACUGGAGGACAUCUAAUUAGGCUGACAACUAGGUAUAAAACUCUUUAUUUUAAAAAAUCUUCUGACAUAGCAUUCUUCCUUUCUGUAAGACUCAUAAUAGCAGUUCUGGAAAAGAAGCUCAACUUCGAGUGUCAUUGGAAUCUCUCCUAACUGCUGAACAAGUUGGUCGGUGGUGGAUUGUUGGGUCGUCAUGGAGCGGAGCGCCAAUGAUUGACAGCACCAGCAACCAAAUGCAACCAAUACUAACUGUAGGAAAGGUAAGUGUGAUCCUCCCUAUUAACGUCAUUCUGGAAGUGUGUCUUAAGACAAUCUCCCAAAGAAUAGUCUUGCUCUAGGGAUUCUUAAUGAGCAUAAAUGAAGGUAUUUGUGGUGGUUGUGCUUAGAAAUGUGCUUAUUCCUUUCAAAAUCUGUUCAAAGGUACAGACAUACAUCAUUUUAUUUGUAUGCCGCAUUUCCAUAGUUAAAAUCAAGCUCAAGGGGGCUUCAUGGCAGAAAACUGGUGCGAGCAAGUUCCAGAUCAAAUCCUUGUUGCUGCUUUUUCUUCAAAAUAAUAAUAAUACAGUGGUACCGUGGUUUAUGAACUUAAUCCGUUCCAGAAGUCCGUUCUUAAACCAAAGCAUUCUUAAAUCAAGGCGUGCUUUCCCAUAGCAGCGGGGGACUCAAUUUACAAACUGAACACACUCAACAGGAAACAGCACAUGUUCUGCUUCCAAGUAAAAGUUCACAAACCAAAACACCUACUUCCAUGUUUGCAGUGUUCUUAAUCCAAGUUGCUCAUAAACUAAGCUGUUCUUAAACCAAGGUACCACUGUACCCAUUUUAAUCGCACUUUUCAAAAAGUAUGAAUAACAUACUAUGUAGUUUGGCCCUGAGGAUUACAUUUUGAAAAUACCUGGGUUUCCUCACUUCCUGAGAAAGUUAUGUAGCUUGAAAGCCAAACAUUUGACUUUGCUCAUAUUCCUGAUGAAGAUGUUACCCGACUGUUUGAAAUUAUGAAAUUCAUCCGCGAUAUUAAGAGUUUGUGAAAUGUUAAGUUUUCAACCCUUUCCCCUACUCAGGUGAGUUCGAAGAUUCUGGAGCUUGCUCGUAAGCAAAGAAUGAACACAGAUAUUAGGAGGAAUAUAUUUUGUAUCUUGAUGACUAGCGAAGACUUUUUGGAUGCCUUUGAAAAACUUUUAAAGUAAGUAGUCACCAGGGUAGGAUGAUUUCAGAAACUUAAGCCACUCUUUGGAUGUGAAAUACCUUUCUUGUGAAUAAGAACUGACAAAGCCUUAGCUGGAGCAAGUGUACAUUCUGCCUGGUGCAAACCCGAAACAAUUAGAAACAUUCUUACAAUGCAUUGCAUGUUUAUUCAGAAGUAAAAUAUUCAAUGGAGCUUACUUUCAAGUAAUUGUGCAUAGGAUUGAAACCUAAGAUACAAUCCCAUUUUUGAAAAAGAGCUUGCUUCAUAGAGGGAGAAAAUAAUUUUUUUGCACCUUUUUGUGAAUUUAGGCCUGUUAACUGAAAUCAGAUGGCCGGUCCUGAUGGUUUGCUUAAAGUGUUGCCUGAUGGAUGUAAAAAAAAGCACCUUAACGUUCCUUUAAUGGCUGUGGAUGUUCUCCUGAAUGGGCAAUCUAUCUGCAGGGGGUGGGAUCUCAAGCUAGUGCUCUGCAGGGUGAAGGGGACAGCAUGAAAGUGAGAGGCUGAAUUUGAAGAGGAGAGUUUUAGCUUGGGUUAGCUAAACUGGAGCAGCCUUGUGUGUGGCUGCGCUGACAGCUUUCUGAGGUCUGAUGGAGCAGCAGCAGACGUGCUGUCUGCCUGUUUCCCAUAAGCUAUUUUUGUAAACUUUAAAUUAAAUGAUUUUUUAAAAAUCACAAAUUUCUCUCAUCCAAAGGCAGGUGCCCACACUUGCUGGGUCAAGGAUUCUUUAUCCUUAAUCAAGAAAGGCUACCAGAUGCCUCUAGCAGGCUCCACUUGCUCAGCAGUUUGAAUAUAAAUAAAUAAAUUUCUAAGUACAUAUCUGUGCAAGAGAGGGACCUGUCCCUCAAGCCUUGAAGAAGACUCAAGUACUUGAUAGUGAGGACAAAUAGGUUUCUCGGUAAGACAAGCUGAUUCUUGGACCCUGUCAAAAUGAAAUGAAACCCUAUUAUGCCGCUCCUGGAAACUUUUGCCAUGCGCAAAGCAGAGAGUGCAUUAACACUGGGGUCUGGAAUAUGAGCUGUUAUGACAAACUGGGACCUAGUAUAAAUCGAACCAACAUGGAAAGAACAAGACUCCCAAGGAAUGUGAGGCAAUCCUGAAAGUGAGCCUGGAGGUUGCAUGGCAGGAGAUGAGGGUCUUGAGUAAUCAUCAGCUGCAAUGGGUCAAGGUUGACCCUGAAAUCCAGCUUCUUAGCUCUUAGUCGUGGGUGGGAUGACUGAGCAGCUGAGGAACUGUCUGCUCAGGAGCCUGUCGGCAGUGAUGAGAAUAAAAAAGCUGGAAGAAACUUUUAGUAAAGCUGCUGGGGAAAAGCUCUGCCAGAGUUGAGCAAGAGAAAAUGCUCUCCACACUGGAAGUGAGUGGUUUGCAGAGAAACUAGCUAGAGCCUUCAGCCAUGAGCAAGAACAACCUCUUCUUGAGCCUCUCUUCUCUGUGCCAUGAAAGUUUAAGUGGGUUGGAGAAGGCCCUUAAAUUUGCACACCCCAGAGGCAACACCAUACAGUGGGAAUAAUUCAGAAGCCUGAAACUCAGGGAAGUAAACAAAUGGAGAAGCUUAGUAAAGGUAAAGGGACCCCUGACCAUUGGGUCCAGUCGUGACCGACUCUGGGGUUGCGGCGCUCAUCUUGCUUCAUUGGCCGAGGGAGCCGGCGUACAGCUUCCGGGUCAUGUGGCCAGCAUGACUAAGCCACUUCUGGCGAACCAGAGCAGCUCACAGAAACACCAUUUACCUUCCCGCCGGAGCAGUACCUAUUUAUCUACUUGCACUUUGACGUGCUUUCAAACUGCUAGGUUGGCAGGAGCAGGGACCGAGCAACGGCAGCUCACCCCAUCGUGGGGAUUCGAACCGCCGGCCUUCUGAUCGGCAAGUCCUAGGCUCUGUGGUUUAACCCACAGCGCCACCCGCGUCCCUCAUGGAGAAGCUUAUCUGCCUCUAUUAGAGGUCCUGUCCACUACCACUGGGGGCAUGGGAGGAGAGGAAGAUUUCAUGGCAGCUCCCUGGAGUGAAGUCAGUCUUAGCGGAAUAUGCUCCUAGAUAAAGACAUAUUGUAAUGGAACAGGAUCAGUGCAUGUGUAGUAAAAAGCGGAAGGGGUAACAAAUCUGCAGGAGAUUCAUGAGCCUGGCACAUUACAAUUCCUGCUGAACAACUCAGGGGUUUCUUGGCAAAGAACUAUUCGCUGCAAGACUGUUUGACAUUCACAUGUUCCUUAUGGAAGCAUGCUUAGAAAUGGCUUACCAAGCAGACGUAAAAGCUACAGACAUUGAAUGCUAUGGAGCCCUUGGGCAAGGUGUGUUGUGUCAGUAGAGUGGUGUGUUUGGAAUCAGCUGUUUUAGUAUCUUCCCUACUUCAGGGAUUUGGGGUGCCUAGGUAGUAAUGCCUUACAAAUAUUAGCUGCCAAGCUGCUUGUUCGAUUCGGGUGUGGAGGCAGGUAUCACAUUUUGGUGAUUGAAUGCACUGACAAAUUAGGUAAAUAGCAAGAGUAAACCUCACCCUGCUUUUGUUGCUGAAAUGCCAUUCAUCUCAGAAGUCUUCCUAAUGUAAUGGAGGACAGAGGAGGAACGGCUUAUGAUUAAGGAUAUUCUGAUUCAUGUUCUGAGAAACUGGGAGCCAAACGAGUGCCUGUGUAGGAAUGCUCUGGGGGCCUUGUUACUGGUUGGAAUUUGUUUUUUGUCUAGAGAAGUAAAUAUAAUUGAUGCGGAAAUAUUCUGUUAUGGAAAUAACUAAUCAUAGUUCACUUGUAUGUUUUUGGCUACUUGCUACUCCAGUUCUCUGUUCCCAAGAGAACCUUCAGCCAGGAGCUAUUUAAUGGUAGCUGAACCACUUUUGAGAGAGGGGAUGGUAUGACUUUGUCCAUCUAUCUGAUUACUGUAAAUGGUCUGUCGUUAUGGCUUUCCCUAAAGUGUCCCCUGAUGGGAUCUGACAAAAGAGCCUUAAUGUUCCUAUAAUGGCUAUGAAUGUUCUCUUGAAUGGGCAAUCUACCUGCAGGGGGUGGGGUCCAAAACCAGGACUCCGCAGGGUGUAUACAUAUGAGGGAGGGUGGGAGAGAAAAGGUCAUUUGAAUUUAGAGAUGAGACCUGCGAUUUUUAGCUAGAGUUGUCUAAAUUGAGAUAAAGCCUCAGAAGGAGGUACUCUCUGGGAUCUGAUGCAACAUUUGCAGGUUUGCUGCCCGGUGGACUGCCUGUUACUAUCCAAUAUGCUUUGUUUGUAUAUUAACUAAAACAUAUACUAUAAGGCUACAACACAAGUCUCCAGUGCUCUUUCAUAUGUAAUGUUGCUCCCAGAGUUAAUCACUGCUCAAGAAAGCGGCAAGAAUCCUCCAUUUGAACAAGUAGGCAGCAACAUUAUUUAAGAUUCUGAUGCAAGAGUGGACCCUACGUCUAAAAAGAUGAGAAACAGUUGCCACUCAGAAAAGCAAAAGAUCUCUUUAAAGUGUGUGUAAGAGAGAGGCUGCUUUUUGCCUUAAAUGAGGCAAAUGGCACACUUACCAAGUGAAGGAAUCCUUUUCUGUUUAAACCCAAUCAGAGAAAGCCCAAACAAGGAAGCACUUGAAAGAGUGAAUAUGGAAGCUCAAUCAAGUUUCUUAGUUGGAGAGUGCCUAGUAGGAACACAUUUCUAUGCACCCUUCUUGUUGUGUGCUUGUGAGGUUUCUCGAAAAUUUAAGUCCCAUUAACCAACUCAGCUGCAGCUGGCUUAAAUUAAACUCCAAUUUCUUUUACAAAAACAUUAUUACUGUAAGCAAGCAUAUAUGCACAAAUGUAACGGGAGGUCCCACUAUCUAAAAUUCAGCUAUGAAUCAUUGUUGUGUAUGAAAUGUGAGGUACUCACUUCAUGGAUUUCAGUGGGCCUUCAGCUGCAUCUUCAGGUUAAAGGCCACCUGUCAUAAACAUUUGAACAAUGGUACUAAAUCUGCAGAAUAAAUAUAUGAGAACCUUAGUGUUUUGGCAUCCGCAUAUCUCCCUAUGUUCAUUCUCAGCUCUUGGGUCAGGAAUUGCCAAUAUUUUUUACUCUGUGGGCACAUCUGCAAACUGAAGAAACUUGUGGGCACCACAUACACACCUCAACCAAGCACAAUUUAUUAUAUUGGCUACAAAAGAAUGCUUCUUUCAAGUAUAAUUUCAGUGGGGCAGUGGUGUGACAGGGAGGGUCUCAUGUGACAGGGAGAGCACCAUUGGUGACCCUUGCCGCUAGCUACAGAAAUUAGUUGCAUUACUUCUGAUUCUCUUGACUAAUAACAUCUUGUGGGGCGAUCAGUGGCAUUGUUUGCUACAAAUUGCACAUUAUUGUUCCAUUGACUUCACUGAAAAGUGGCUUGGUGUAAAAUGAAGCAUUUUAUCUAUACCUUAGCAAAAUCAGGCCAUCCCAGCCAUGUAGUUCAUCUCCGACUGGGUAACUAUAGAUGAAAGCCUCAUUUUGAAAGGAUGCAAAUUUUGUGCUUGACACUCUCUGCAUUAUAAUAUUAAGCAUUUUUCAUUUUAAUUGGCUUUAGUGCUGCCAAGCAUUUGACAGCUCUGGAAUCUAAAUCAGACUUAUUUGACAGAACAGGUACAGCACAAGUUAAGACUAUUCCUUGCCAACAGCGUCUUAAUCCUCUGCGUGGUCCAGCUCUGUGAGUAAGGAGGCCGUUCAAUCCUGCCAGACUUUCUGCUGAGACAGCCAGUGGGAACUCAUUAAUGCUGAUUAUAUUUUUGUAAUUAGGUUGGUUGAAAUCCCCAACACCCUCAAUUAGGAAUUGGAAAAACUUGAGAGGGUAGUUUUUCCUUCGGUCACCCACUAGCAAUUUCUUAAUUCAGAAUAGCUUGGCCUCCCCUUGGCCUGGUGCUCUCUUGAUGCUUUGCACUACAGCUCUCAUCAGCCCCAGGAAGGACAGCUGGUAGUAGAUAACCCAGAUUUUUGUAACCCAGAGGCCAAACAUAGAAUUGUAGAGUUGCUAGGGACCCUGAGCAUCAUCCAGUCUAAGCCCCUGCAAUGCAGGAAUUUGCAAUUGUCCGAUCAAACCUGCAACCUUGUUGUUAGCAGCACCACACUCUAACCAACUGAGCUAUCUACAUAUUGUCAUACUGAGAGAUUCCCUCUCCCAAUUCUUUUGAACACCACUGCAUUCAAAGAUGGAUCGUAGUCCUACCUACCCUUCCUAUCAAGACUUUUCUCUUUAUAAAAAAAUUAGUAAUCGUUCCACAACUGUAUAUUAUGCAAAGCAUGCAGUUAAGAAUGCUUUCUUCUCCAGAAACCCAUGGUAUGGAUCUUGUUGUCCAUAUAUUAUUGAAAUCAUUAUGCAGAAUACACUGCAAUGAAGAAACUGGUUUGGCAUAAACUAUUUAGAUCCUUUUUUUUUUUAACUUGAUGCGUAAUGGAUUGAGUUCGAGUCAAGAAUGAAUUGGGUGGCAGUAACUCUUCCAUUUUAUGGUAGUUCAGCCUAAACAUUCAGGAAAUGGAAUUUACAUAAUGGCAAUUGAUGUUUUAGGCUUAGGCUGAAAGAUCAGCAGGAGAGAGAGAUUGUCCAUGUCCUCAUAGACUGUUGCCUGCAAGAGAAGACUUAUAACCCCUUCUAUGCAUAUUUGUCUGCCAAGUUUUGCGAAUAUGAAAAGCGAUUCCAGGUAAGCUAAGAACUUGUCUUUCUCUUUACUGGUUGCACCUUUUAAAUUUCUGGGAAUGAAAGUGGUGUUAUCAAAUGGUAAUAUAUGGUAGUUAAAUACAUGACUGCUAAAUGUAAUAGCUGCAUUUAUGUAGAAAAUACGUUUCGGGUAGGGGGGGGAGCCAUAACCCUUUCAUAUGUAAAGCCAAACAACAGCAUUGUCUCAGAAAGGAACCACAGCUUAGUGAUGGAUUGUAUGGAAAAUAUUUCAGAGUCAUUCCCUGCCAUAUCCAUUUAAAUGAUUUGGAGCACAUGAAAGUAGACACACAGAGAGAGAGAGAGAAAGAGAGAGCGCAAAUACACAUUCUGGGACCAGUGUGCUCCAGUGUUUAAAUUAAUCCUCAAUUCUGUAUUUAGUAAGGGACAGUCUCUCAUGACAAGGGCACCAUAAGGCAGGAACCUGUAGCUGGAGGCAUAAGAGAUGCUGUCUGCCCUUUCACACAAAUUACCCUCCCUCUGUCCUCUUUCUCCUUGAAGCAACUCCAAGGGAAGGAAUGACUGAUGAUGCAAGCGUCAGGGAGAGGACAAAUCCAUUCUCUAGCAAAGAAUGGUCUGCAUGAUCUCUCCUCCUUUCCAAGGAGGCCAGACCAGAAGAAAAAGCAAAAAAAAAAGGGGGGGAAGAUAAAAAGGGAAGAUCUCUCUCCUGUACCCUACUCUCUUCCACUUCUGAUCCUCCAACUGGUUUACGUCUAAACGUUUCCCUCUGGAGUCAGAGGCUAUCACCAUUUGGCCUGUCAGAAUGUACUGCACAUAACUUACAAUGCUGCAGCAAGUAAUUAACUGCACAAAGUGAUCCUGCCUUAUAUUGAUGGUUUGGGGCAGGAGGUCAGCUGGUGAAGCUAGCACCGUAUCCUAUGACCUGCCAUAAUACCAUGGGGGGAAGGUGGGUAGCUUUGAUUGCAGUGGAGGAGAAUGAACUGUGCCAACCCCUGAGCUGGGAUAGGGCUGUGCCAGUUUCUGGGACAUGUCCAGGAAAUAAAGGGGCUUAGAUUUGGUGCCCCUGUGCCCACCCCAGCGUGCCCCACUUUACCUCUAAGCAUUCUGAAGGCAGGGCAGCGUCCUCCAGUGAUAUAAAUGUCAACCUGCUAGUGUUACCUUCCUCUCUGCCAGCAGAGCAGCACCAUAGAUUGCCUUUUGAGGCCCCUCAGCCAGCUUACCUGUGAGAGUAGGAUUGUUAAUAAACAGCCUUUUCUCUUUUUUUUUUUUUUUAAACCAGAUGACAUUCCAGUUCAGUAUGUGGGAUAAAAUAAGAGAUUUGGGGAACCUGUCCACUACUGCUAUAUCAAAUUUAGUUAAUCUCUUGGCUCAUCUGUUGAAGACUAAGUCUCUGUCCCUCACUGUUUUCAAGGUAAGCAAAACUCUUGUUGUUGUUGUUGUUGUUUUGAAAAACUUUACUUUUAGAUCUCCUGAUAGACUCAUGCAUAAUGUGCAUGUUCUUUGGUAUGUAACGUCACCUAACAAGCAAGGCAAAGCAAAUGGUUAUUCUAUGGGGGGAAAUCUAGGUUUGCAACAGUAUCCAUGCAGGGGUACCCAGGGUGAUGCUGUUUGACCACAUCUGCCAUCAGCCCCAACCAGCAUGGCCAGUGGUUGGAAAUGAUGGGAACUGUAGUUUGACAAAAGCUGGCAAGUGCCCUCUUAGCUGCCCUUGAGGGUGUUAAGAUUUAAGCAAGUUGCUGUUGAUCUCAUGUUUCAUGAAAUCUUUCCCACUUCUUUGUUAAUCGGCCAGUAUGUGCAAUAAGCAGAUGUCUUUUUGCAUUGAAUUCACAAUUAAGCUUUAGAUCCCAUUGUAUAUUCAAACAGGUGAGCUGAGCUCUCUGGAAUUAUUAAUGACUGUUCUUUUGGUAAUAGUCUACAGGUGAUUUAUUUAAUACUAAUAACAUUAGCAUUUUCAUGACAGCUUAAUAGCUUGAGAGUGUCUUAAGAGUUUUUGACAUUUCAUUGCUUUUUAACUAGGUAAUUGAAUUCAGUGAAUUAGACAAGCCAAAAGUCCACUUCUUACGACAAGUACUGUCUGCACUGUUCUUGAAAACAGAUCCAGAAGAACUAAACCACAUCUUUGGAAAGUAAGUCAUCCCAGGGGUUCCAGGUAGAAUUUGUCAAACCAUCAUUGUAAUGAUAAAAGGGCUUCUGUCUCAGGUAGUGUUAGAAACUGAGAUAUGAAAGCUGGGAGCUAAAUGGCACCUUAUACCUAGGAUAUGAGCGCAACAACAGAAUGUCUAGGUGCACUUUUUAAAAACAAGAAUACAAAGCUGAAAGUGAAUGAACUGCAGCUAAAAUAUGUUGAUUUUUCACAUGGUCUAGUCCUUCCCCUGCCCGGGUCUCUUCAGUCUUCAAAGAGUAGCUGGAAGUGGGGAAGCAGAAAAAGGUCCUCCUUUCCUUCCACUCUGCAGUUUUAAUCUGAAAUCUUAGGUGCAGUCCUGCUCCCAGAGCUCAGAAAACUGCUUGCGCUAAUGAAAUUCCCUGUCGCAAAAUGCACCUUGAACAAUGGGAGUUUCAAACACUGGUCUCAGGUAAAGGUAAAGGGACCCCUCACCAUUAGGUCCAGUUGUGGCCGACCCUGGGGUUGUGGCGCUCAUCUCGCUUUAUUGGUUGAGGGAGCUGGCGUACAGCUUCCGGGUCAUGUGGCCAACAUGACUAAGCCGCUUCUGGCGAACCAGAGCAGCGCACGGAAACGCCGUUUACCUUCCCACCGGAGCGGUACCUAUUUAUCUACUUGCACUUUGACGUGCUUUCGAACUGCUAGGUUGGCAGGAGCAGAGACCGAACAACGGGAGCUCACCCCGUCGCAGGGAUUCGAACCGCCAACCUUCUGAUCAGCAAGUCCUAGGCUCUGUGGUUUAACCCACAGCGCCACCCGCAUCCCCUGGCCUCAGGUAGAAUUUGUCAAACCAUCACCUUACUGUCAAAAAGGGGUUCUGUCUUUUCUCCCCAUUACUGUAGUUUAACUGGAACUAGAAGCUGGAACAUUUCAGUUCUUCUGCAGAGCCCUAAUGUGGUUUUCCUUAUGGUGUCACCAGCCUAGCCAUACAAUGCUCCAGAGUAUUUUGUAAGCCUCUAUCCUGCUUGCCUGGCUGUACCCUAUUAGUGAUGUAACAUCGCCCUAAAGAAAACACUGGGUUGGUUAACUUGCAGUUCUUUGUGUUUUUCCAGGUUGGCUGACAACCCAAAAUUGGGAAUGCUGCAUGAAGGCUUGAAGCUUUUCCUCACCCAUUUCUUGCUGAAGAAUAAUCAAGCUCACAAAAAUGUUGAAGAAGCCACUUUGCUAAAAGAGAGAAUUGAACUAGUGACUAGGACUUUGAAAGCAAAAGAAUCUAAAUUAAAAUUAUAGCGUUAGGCCUAAUAAUUUUUAUCUAUGGGAAAUGCAGACUUAAUGGGGGCAGGGGAAUAACUUGAAUUGGGUGGUCUUUCAUAAACAGCAGACCUCAUGUUCUGAUCAGUUCCUUCACAAUAAUGUGGAGCUGGAUUAGGUUUGAUAUUCAAACUGGCUAGUAUUUAUUAUCCUUCUGUUAAAAGACAAAACACAGUCACUAGUGAAGACUUAAUAAUCUAUACAGUGUAUUUUUGAAAAUAAAUGUUUUGUACCCUUGCAUUUU